CCAUCGCCGCCACGGCGUGCGCGAUGGUCGUCUCCUUCAGGCUCUCUCGCCGCGGGCGCCGUGUCCACCCGCCGCCGCCGGUACCGCUGUCUGCCUCCAUCCACGCGGCCGAUGAUUUGCGUCCUCACGCCGCGGCAUUCCCACCGCCUGAUCCGCCGUGCGAGGCCGCCGUUUCGCGGCUUGAUGCUGGAACCGCUGCUCGAUCGGAAUUGACUGACAGAAAUGAAACUAUUCCUGCUGAAUCAGAUCUUGAGCCGUCCUUUGCACUGAACCUGUUUCCGGAUGGGUAUUCAGUCGGAGAGCCGGGCAAGGGAAUGCUUUUGUAUCUGAUUGGUGAUGAUCCAAAGAAGCGGCCAUACAGCAGGGCAUCGAGAGCUUUGCUUUCUGAUAUUGAGCAUGGCUGCUUGCCUCAGGACAUCUUACACGAUAUCCCUUGCAAAUUCCAAAAUGGAUCGACUGUGUGUGAGGUGAGGGACUACCGAACAGUUUUCUCUAAUGGUGAUGAUUAUUCAGGACAUGACUUCCCAAGGGUUAAUAGAGUCCAUCUUAGGUUGGGCACUGAGGGUGUUUUGAAAGAUCUUUCUUCCAUUGCAGAUACUGCAUGGACAUAUCAUGAUCAAUUAACUGCCGAGUCCAUCAUUCUCAAUGCCUUCCAACCCAGACUUAAUUUGGACCCUACACCUUGCCCUGAAAUGCUUUGCAAUUCAAGUGCUAAGAAGAUUGAUCUGGGUCUAAAUAAGGGAAGACAGCAUAAUAAAGAUACCUCUGUUCUUACGAUGCCUAUCAAUCCUCCUAAAGAUUGCAAGACCAAGGAAUUCAACAUCUGCAAAGGUGCAACACUUUGCAUCAAGAAUGCAGCUCUAGUCAAGAAUGCAGCUCUUGAGGGCAUACCAAGUGGAUUAUUGGACAGCUUGUCAGUUAACUGUCCAUCCACUACCCAUGUUAACAAUGCCAAAUCAGCUGCAAAUUCUGAUACUAACAAUAUGGUUCAAUCUUAUUCUACUCUUCCAAACAGUUCUGCCUUCUGUGACAGAAUGCAAUGUGCAUCAGAUACUGCUCCUGGUCAUUUAUUUCAGACUAAUGAACAGAGGGCGCAGGUAGAAAUUUUACAAGUUAAUCGUAAAACUGGACAACCACAAAGGGUGACAGUUCUUCCACAUAAGACAAAAAAACCCUCAAAUCUUAUGCAUGAAAAGCAUGAAUUCAAAAAGUGCAGCCCUCCAAACAAAAAUGGAGUGUCGAGUUCUCAGAAUUGCAAAGGCCUUCAUAAGUCAAUAAUUUCUCGAAGUAAAACAGUGCUUGAUCUGGGAUCUCCAAAAAGACUGCAAGUUGAGACUAAGGUAGGUCAGACAAUAGACAAAAAGGGCAUUGAAGUGCACAAACAGGUGCCCUUUUCAGUGCCUCCAUGGGAUCCAUGUACAUCCUUGAACACAACUAAUCCAAGUGUUGACAGAAUCCUUGAAAAUGUUAAAUUUUUGCAUAAGAGGUCGAAUGAGUGUCAUGUGGCUCCAAUUGUAGACCGGAACAAUUCUGAUAUGUUAGAUGUUAAUGUCCAUGAAACACCCUUUGUGGACUUAUUCUGUGGAUGUUUAAUAAGGGGAGCUUAUGAACCUGUUGAGGAUAUGACUGUUACAAAAUCCCAAGGCACUGAUUCAAAAAGAAGGGCUUCUGAAACUUCUGUCAUUUCUUUGAACCAUGAAAUUAAAUUGGAAGGGAAAAGGCAGCAAAGUUUUGAUACUCAGGUCAACACGCCCUGUAAGAACAGAAGGUUUGAGGAACCAGCUGUUACUGGUGGCAUUAGCAGUCAAUUGGACAUUGAUCUAGAACUAGAUAAGGGAAGACAGCAAAUUGAAGAUAUGUCUCUUCUCAAUAUUUCUGCCAAUGCUCCUGAACGCUGCAAGGCCAACGAAUUCAAUGUCUGCAAAGUUUUAGCAGUAUGCAGUGAGAAUGCAGCUUUAAAAGGCAUGCCAACUGCUAUGUAUAACAACAGGCAGUUGAAUUAUCCAUCAUCUGUCCAUGUUAAUAAUACCAAAUCAAUUGUAGAAUCUGAUCCUGGUAGUGCUCUUCGAUCUCCUUGUACCCUUACAAACAGUUGUGGCUUAUGUGACAGAAAACAAGUUGGAUCAAUAACCCCUCCUGAUCAUUUGCUUCAGAGUAAUGAAGAGCGGGCACAGGUAACAGUUUCACAGGUUGAUCGUGAAAAUAGAAAAAUGCAAAGGGUGACAAUACUUCCACAGAAGAGAAAGAAGUCUUUAAAUUCGUUGAAUGAAAGGCAUGGAUCCAAAAACCAUGGUCCUCCAAACAGAAAUGAGUUGAAUUCUCAAAAUUUCAAGAGAGAUAAGUCAACAGGAUCUUCAAAUAAUGAUGUGUUUCAUUUGGGAUCUCCAAAAGGACAACAAGCUGAGGUUAAAGUAGGUCAGAUAAUAGGCAAUAAGGACAUGAAAGUCCAGGGAAAGGCGCCCUUGUCAGUGCAUUCAAGCUGUCAUCCACCUACAUCCUUGAACACAAGCAAUCUAUUGGUUGAGAAAAUUCCUGAAAAGGUUAAAUCAUUGCAUAUAAGGUUGCUUGAGCGUCACGAGGUCCCAGUUGUGGACCUAAAAAAUUAUGACAUGGCAGAUCCCAGAGGUAGCAGAACACCCUCUGUAACCUCAUUCAGUGCAAAUUCAAGUAAAGUAGCUUGUGAACCUGCUAAGGAUAAGGCUGCGACAGAACCCCAACUUAAGGCUCUGAAUAGAAAGGUCACAGGAAUUUCUACUAUUUCUAUGAACCAAGAAUUCAACUUGAAUGGGAAAAGGCAGCAGAAAUUUGAUAUUCGCAUUGAGCCGCCCUGUGAGAACAGAAGCUUAGAAGAGUCAGCUAUUACUGGUGGUGUUAAUAGCGAACCUGAUAUUGAAAAGAUUAUAUCUGAGGUCAUCCUGACUACCCAGAGGCAUGGACUGAACCAAAAGGCUGCUAAAAGUGAUGUUCUUGAAACAUCCUGGUUAUUACCACCAUGUGAAUUCUUUCAGUUUGAGAAUGUUGGCGAGAUUCCAGUUAUGAGGGAUGAAACCAUGACAUGCAAUGUGCCCAACGGAGCUACGAGAACCUGCAAGAUUAGAAGACUUACCUUCCACCCAUCACAGUAUUCCUCCUGUAAUGCAGGUUCGACUGAUAAAUCUCAGUACACACUUUGCCUGCUUGACUUUGAACCACAUGAUCAUCAAAUAACUGUGGGAGCCAUCAAUGGAGAUGAGCAAGUGCAUAUUGCUACUCUACCAACUUCUUGUCAUGCAGAAAAGUUUGUGGAUCAAUUCAUUUUACUGAUGAAACGUGAUGGAUACAACCUUUGCAACGAUGAAGUCUGUAAUGGAUCAUCUGAACUAAGACAGCAAUCCCAAGAUGUCUCUCAUCUAGGCUGCCCAACUAGAGAAGAUGCAGAAUACCAGAUGUUCUCACCUUCUCCUGCGAAUAGUUUGCUGAGUAGCAUGGACAACAAUGUAGGCUGUACCUUCCAGAAUAAGCUUCUAGAUAUUCAUGCAACUUAUCCGCUGCCAUUGACUCAGCAGUUGGUACUGACAGAACAACCACUGACCGUAGAAAGCCCAGAAGCAUUUUUGUUGAAUUCAAGUCAUCUACUAGGUAGUCAGCAGUAUACUGGCCAGUAUCUCGAAGACCAGGGUUCAUCAUUUGCCUGUAACCUAUUUGCAAGGAAUCCGCACCAAUUUCCAUCUUUACAACCAUCUCAGGAAGUUUCCGUGGAUCAGUACUUGCAACGCAGAGAAGAUACUGGAUCAGUAGGAUUCAGUGCAAGCAGAUACAACCAGUUGCAUCGGGAAGCUUUGAUGGAUCAGUAUUCACAAUACCGACAUAGAUUCAUUGACAUGUACGGUAUGAGAACGACUGCAAGGUACAACCAGUGGCACCAGGAAUUUCCAACAGAUCAGUACUUGCGAUACAGAGAUAUACCAUGGUUCAAUGACGCGUAUGGUGCGAGAAUGAGUACAAGCAAGUACGGUCAGUGGCGCCAGGUUUGCACACAGAUGGGCAAUGUGGUUUACCAGUGGGAUCUACCGGCUUUCGGCAGGCAGAUUCACAACAGCCCUCCACUGCAUAAUGGUUGGAAUACACUACCGGAGCUGCAACCAAUUAGGAGGCCCCAGAUGAGCUCCAGGAGCAUGGACUUUGAUGGCAAUGUCACGAGCACAACGGUUCCGAUCCCCAUGCCUCUUGGUUUCCAGUUCACGCUGCAAGGAAUGUGGUGAUUUUAUGAUGCCUAGUGUGAUUUUGGCUGGCGCUUCAUUCGUGCAUGUUACAUACUAAUACAAUACAGGCAGUAGAGGAUACAGAUUUCGUUACAGAUAGUAGUUGAUGUGGGAAGUUCCUUGUUCUAUUGUUUCUGUGUGAAUGAACGAUGCUGUCCUAUACUUCUUUUUUUGAGAUUUAUCAGGUAGUUAUUAGGAUGUCUGUAAACUUUAGAGCCUCAUGGUUCAUGAGUAAGUACUACUUAGUUUGAAACAUAUAGUGAAAGACAUAUACCAUCAGAAAGUGAUUAAAAUUCUCGA